ACAAAACAUCCAGAUUGAAGUUAGGGUUUUUUUUCACUCUCUCUCGUCCCUUUCUCACUCGCGGCUGUCGACACGCCGGUCGGGUUUCGUCUUGAGUAUCGGAUCGAGUCUCGAAGGAGGUGUGGUGCAGUAACGUGAUAUUUUAGUGAGUCCAAUGGAUGUUGAUCGUCCGAGAGAGCUAUCGGCGGAGGCUCUGGGAGUACUGAGAGAAGGCAUUCAUCUGGUCUUGUCUCGUUGGUGGGCGCUCCAAAUGGCCGCCCAGAACGAGUGGGGCGGCCCUCACUCGGGCCAAGUGGCUGACCAGCUCGCCUACGAUAUCGCCUCCUGGUUUACUCAGUCCAGAGAGCCGCUUUAUAUAGAUGAUUUAGAACAUAUGCUUCAACAAGCUCUUGAGUCUCUCAAUACCUUGGCUGAGGACGGCAGCGUUGAGGAGGUAGCUGAAAAAUUGAUGAUUAUGCAUGAAGAAUGUUUGGAAGGGAAUUUCAAGUCUAUUGAAAGCCUAAGGAAAGUUUCGGUUCCUCAUGUCAGACAGGUUGUGAAUGAUGAUGAUGCCGACAGCGACAAUGAUGUUAGCGGAAAUGAUGCGAACAAGAAUGAUGAUUUGUCAAAUAUGAUGCCGGAUGAUUCAUCAAAUAUGGCGCUUGAUGCGCCAGAGUUGCUGUCAAAUUCAAGUUAUAUAGAUAUGCCAGUCAAUGAACCUAGACCCAAGUUGGCAACUGAAGCAGAAGAUGGAUGGGUCCAAGUUGGACGCAGACGAAAUAGGGGUAAAAGAAAUUAGGUUGAGACUAUGUACCGCAAAUCUCUUCUUCCUUGCUACCCCCUCACCCGAAAUAGUAUGAAUGUGUUCUUAGUUGCGUUAUAAUUAUUGUAAAAAUUUUGGUUUGCGUUAUACUGGCUUCGUUUUACAAUGCUUUAUGGGAACGAGCAGCUUGAAAUUA